AUGGCCCAUCCUCUGCCAGAAGCCCAACAUACCUUUUACAUAGAUGGCAGCUCAAUUUCCAAACCACCGGGGCCCCGGCGUGCCGCCUAUGCCAUCGUCUCUGACACCCAGGUCAUAGAAGCUAACAGCCUCCCCUUAGGGACCACCUCACAACAGGCCGAACUAGUCGCCCUGACCCGGGCCCUCAUCUGGGCCAAAAAUAAGACAGUCAACAUAUACACAGACUCCAAAUAUGCCUUUCUCAUCGCACACUCCUACUGUAUGAUUUGGAAGGAACGAGACUUCCUCACGACCAAGGGAACGCCUGUUCUCAAUGGCACACUCAUUUCUAGGCUCAUUCAGGCCAUCCAACUCCCUUUGCGGGUGGCCAUUAUGCAUUGCAAAGGCCACCAGACCUCCAAUUCCCCUGUUGCUAAGGGAAACGCCUUCACCGAUGAGACAGCUCGCCCCAUAGCGCGUGCACACCCCACCUCUGCUAAUAUGCUUUCUUUCAAAAACAUACAGACCACAAUAUUCCUCCACAGAACAAGACCUUUUUCAAUCUUCCCCGGAAAUCCAGCUCAAGGAUGGAUGGGCAUUCAAGGACAACCUCCUCAUCCUCCCAGAUUCUCAGAGAUACCAGAUAAUCUCUGA